AUACUACGUUGGAAAUUUAGGGAAACUCCCGCAAUAAAGAUGGCUACAGACGAGAUUCCGUGUUAUGGCGACUUUUGUAAAGGAGGGGCAGAAUUUUGUGACGUACUCUCACGAUUUUGUAUCAGUUGUACCAAACCACCAUGGAGUGAGAGAUGUUUUACAACUGAUCACAUACCCAACUGUACAGCUAUUUGCAGAGCACUGAAACUGGAAAACGGACCCAAAAGCGCGCCUGAUAUAGUCGUGUACCCUCCCUGGCUCAUCGCCUUGAUAUCAAUCCUUCUUAUCAUCUCUAUCACUGUACUGGUGAUAGUUUGUUUAACCCGGCGUAGACCAAAGAUUCGUGAACUCUUAACCGGGAUUACUAGAGCUGUUUUAUCCUGUUGUGGGCUUGGAGAAACCAAGGUUCAACAAAUUGAUGAAAAUGGAAACGAUGAGGAAACUGGAAUGAUGGACGAUCAACACGACGAUCAACAUGGCUGUCGACAUGACCAUCAACAUGGUGAUCAACUUGGCGAUCAACGUCCGGUUCAAGUUACAUCAGACGAUGCUAAUACCAGUGAUAAUGUUACUGGUGAUAACCCCAAGUUUGGCCCUACCACUCUUAAACCUCACGAAGAGGCAAAAUUAUUGUAGAAAUGAAUUGAACAAGUGCUAAUGUAAUAGCAGUGGCGUAGGAAGCGGGGGGCCAGGGGGGGCAAUUGCC